AUGGCGAUAGAGGACUCAGCUUCCGUCCAGGCAUCUAUCAUUUGUCUCUGUCGCUACGCCAUCUUCUGCUUCUCUACAGGUGGUAGCGUCAGAUGGCAGAUUCGACUUGAAACGGUUGGCACAUCACUCAUGGUCUACAAUGCGGGAAGGGAAUCAACGUCCAUUCGAUUCUGUGUAACCACAAGUGCCAAUGCUUUACUGGUCCCCGUGGACAAUCGCUUCAUCGACUUCAAGGCAAAAAUUCAAGAGAUGCGUGAGAUCGAGGCGUCCAUCAAGGAUGGUGGUCAAGUCGAUCACGAAAAGAAGAAUGCCUUUGUCAUGAAUUGCUUCAUUGGCGAGUUAGAGAAAGCAACGAUAGAACACAACGCGAAAAAAGAUGCACCUGUUUGUCCAGUUACCGUUUCUUUUCAGGGCAUAGAGUCUGUCACCAACGUGAAGGUAAGAACGGUCCGUAGACUUUUGAUGUUUUAUCUUCCUAGGCUGUUCACUAAACGUUCAUACCUCAACCCUCAAUCCCUCAAAUUGAGGUCAACGUCCGCUCCACAAUGCAAACGACGUCGCGACAAUUUGUCAUCGAACAGUCAGGUAUGCUUCUUCGACACUAAUAUCAACAAUUUUUCAUUGUUAUUUUUCUCUUAA